AUGUCAAGAGGUAUUGGCCAAGAGCUGGAAAAUGGCGUUCAGAUAGAAUCCUGGGCUCACCCCCUGGCCCGGAGCCGGGCUCCACCAGCCCGGGGUACGGUCCAGAAGCCGCUGGAAAGGCAGCACAAGAAGCACAAGUUAAGGCAGCUGCUGGACCGGGCUGUUGAUGUUCCCAUUGACGUUCGCUCUGUGCGGAUAAAUAAGCGGCUGCGCAGAGCAAUCUCCGCAGCCGCAGCCGCAGCCGAGAGGACCGAGCAGCAUUGCAAUAGGCUUCCCCGGCUCUACCUUACUCCCAGCCCGUGCAAUCCAAACCCCACCGUUUGCAUUCGAUAUUCCCCUCUGCAAUUGAGGUCUGGGUUGCGUUGCUGUUGGAUUUUUGGCGUUUCCACCCACCCACCAGCUCUCUGCAAUCUCGGCUGCGCCAUGUCCGCCGAUGUGGAAACGCUGCCUGUUGCUCCCGCCGAGGAAGAGGGGCCGAAGAGCCCGGCCAAGAAGGCGGGCUCCAAGAAGAAGAAGUCGGGCAAGGGCAAGAACCAGCAGGGUCGGUACAGCGCCCUGUUGGUGGAGAUCGUGCAGAGGCUGGGGGCCCGCAAUGGCUCCUCGCUGGCCACCAUUUACAAAGAAGCCAAGACCGUGCCCUGGUUCAAUGAGCACCAGGGUCGCACCUACCUGCGGUACGCCCUGCGUGCCCUGGUCCUGAACGGGACCCUCAACCAGGUGAAGGGCCGAGGGGCCAACGGCUCCUUCAAGGUCACCAAGAAAGCCGACGUGGGUCAGGGGGCCAAGAAGAAGAAAGCUUCCAACUCGGCCAGCGCCAGCAGCAGCAGCAGCGGGGUCAAGAAAUCUCACAAGAAAGGCGCCUCCAAGAAUGCGAGCAGCAGCAAAAAGAGCCGCCCGAGUUCCUCCAGCAAAGACAGGAGCAAGAGCAAGAAAGGCAAAGCGACUAAAAAAUCCAAGUCCAAGAAAGCUUAAAAACCGCUAUUUCUGGUUUGCAAAAACGGAAAAUAAAAGGGGGAGAUUUUUUUUCUUAAAAAAUGCAACUGACUUUUUAUAUUAACGUGUUUUUCCUCCCCCACCCCCCACCACCAGUCGUUGUAUCACCUCAUUUUGAGGGUAGUUUUUUUUUGUUUGUGUGUAGUUUGUAGCCCCAUCAUGAGUCUGUCGAGAAGGCGGGAAGAUGUUCCUGGACAAUAAAAACAAGUUGCUGGAAAAGCUCAGCGGGUCUGGGCUGAGCCUCUCCAGCAACGUCUGAUUUGCAGCGUUUUUAUUUAAGGUUUUCCUCGACAUUGUUUUGGUUGAUGCUGUUGUUUUUUUUCGCGAAGUUUAACUGACAUUUCCGCUGAAUUGUAGCGCCUGUAGUUUUUUCUCUCUCUCUGUACAGUUUGUUUUAUUAUCAUUGGCUCAGUUUGCAACUGGUUGGGUCCAGAGGAAUCAUGAGACUCAGAACUUUGGGAUGAUGAACGGUUUUAUGAUUUCCUGUGGAUUGGAAUUUGUUCUUUGUCACAUUGUUAUUUGGAGGGGGGCGAGUGUAGGUUGAGAUGCGAUCAAAUUUGGAAAGAAUAGCAAUUUGUUUAGUUCAAAUAUUUUUCUCUUUUUUAAUUAAAAAAUUGGAAUUUGAAUAAUUGGUUCGUACAUCGAGUUUUUAUUGAUAUUCUCAUUUGUUUUUUUUGUUCUGCUGCAGUUUCGGUUGAAGCUCCUUUUUCAACUCAUUUUUAAAAAAUCUUGGAGGGGGAGCUCACUGAUUUGCUGAUGCCUUGGCAACUGUUGCCGUGGUGAUGCUCAACCAAUCACAGGUCGCCGAAACGAAUUGUUUCAUUUUUUGGCGGGAGCGUGGUCUGUGUGCUGAUUGGUUACUUCUGAAACCCGGAAGUCCUCCCAACUGCAGAAUUAUACUUUGAUUUUGUUUUGUUGUUGUUCAAGCAUCCUUUUUGGUUUAACCGAAAGCCAAUUUGCAAAUGAUGGGGUAAAGCGAGUCUGUAUUUGAGAUAUCGAAAACAAAAGGACCAAAGUUGAGAAUUAUGUUUGCUUUUCCAACCUCUGGAUUGGUUUGUUUAAAAAAAAUGUUGUGGAAAAUGAGUCAGUGUUUGUUUGCAGAAUGAGGUGGGUGUUAUCACCCCUGGCCCGGCUUGGCUCUGUUGGGUCUGCAAAGUGUGUGUGUGUGUGUGAUGCAUUGCAAGACUCGCCAUGUGCCUUCUCUUAUUUCGGGUUCAGAUCAAUUUCACAGUAAUGUGGGACACCGCCGACCCUCCACCCCUGCUUCAUCCAAGGGAAAGCGGCGUUCCUGCUGGUUUCAGAUUGCUGAUGUUUCCUUUUAUCGAGAGGUUGCUAUAAACAUGUGAAAACUGUGGAGAUGUUUAAUGCUGUACUUCUGUAAACAUAACGGUGUAGUCUACAAGCGAAAAUGAAUAAAUGUUUUUAAAAAGUCAA